AGCCAACCGCCUUCCCUGCAACACUAUUUCACUUUCCCUACAUACAGCCUAACCUCUGAUUCACUUUAAACAUUAGAUUUACCCAACCUGGAUACUUUUGGCCAGCAUGGGUUUUCCUAAUAGUUAAAACAGCCUUGCUCUCAUAUGGGAAGGUUAAUUAAAUGAUAUACUGGAUCUGGCAGAUUUCCGACAGUCCCUGAAUGCCUCAAGCUGCAAAACUGCGAGAGGAGCGGUGAUUGAAGGGGAUAGCGGAGCGGCGGUGGUGACGACGGCCAUCUUAGAGCUACCGUGGUAACCGACACUCAUCUUCUGGAUUUAAUUUUUCUUGUGAGAGAAACGCUCGGCCUGACUGACGAGGGAAGAAGAAGAAGGCUGUCUUUGACUUCGCCGCGGUUGAACUCGAAGUCGGGAUGCGGUUCCGAGGGAACAAGCAGUUUGCAUCCGCAGUCGGACUGGUCCUCGGACUAUUAUGUGCGGUGGAGGCAGCUAAAGUUAAUAAGCACAAACCAUGGAUCGAGACAACGUACCACGGGAUCGUAACAGAAAAUGAUGACAAAGUUCUUCUGGACCCCCCUCUGAUCGCGCUGGACAAGGAUGCUCCUCUGCGCUAUGCAGAGAGUUUUGAGGUGACCCUCACUGAAGAAGGUGAGAUUUGCGGCUUCAGGAUCCAUGGGCAGAAUGUCCCCUUUGAGGCAGUGGUCCUGGACAAGUCCACUGGAGAGGGGGUUAUCAGGGCAAAGGACAAGCUGGACUGUGAGCUGCAGAAGGAGCACACCUUCACCAUCCAAGCCUAUGACUGUGGAGAGGGUCCUGAUGGCGCCAACAUGAAGAAGUCCCACAAGGCCACUGUCCACAUCCAAGUGAACGACAUCAAUGAGUAUUCUCCAGUGUUCAAGGAGAAAUCCUACAAAGCCACCGUUAUCGAGGGAAAGAAAUACGACAGCAUCCUGAAGGUGGAGGCAGUUGAUGCCGACUGCUCGUUCCAGUUUAGCCAGAUCUGCAACUACGAGAUUGUGACCCCUGAUGUGCCCUUCACCAUCGACAAGGAUGGCUUCAUCAAGAACACAGAAAAACUGAGCUACGGCAAAGAGCGCAUGUAUAAACUGACUGUGACCGCCUACGACUGCGGGAAGAACCGAGCCUCUGAGGACGUGCUGGUCAAGAUCAGCGUCAAGCCCACCUGCAAACCCAGCUGGCAAGGCUUCAGUAAGAGGAUUGAAUAUGAGCCUGGCACUGGUAGUUUGGCCCUUUUCCCCAGCAUGCAUUUGGAGACUUGUGAUGAGCCAAUCACCUCUAUCCGAGCCAGUAUUGAACUGGAAACCAACCAUAUUGGAAAGGGCUGUGACCGUGACACCUACUCAGAGAAGUCGCUGCAUAAGUUGUGUGGAGCCAGUUCUGGCACUGUGGAGCUCCUUCCUGCUCCCAGCAGCUCUACCAACUGGACCGUAGGGCUGCCCACUGACAACGGGCACGACAGCGAUCAGGUGUUUGAGUUUAACGGCACCCAGGCCAUCAAGGUUCCUAAUGGUAUGGUGAGCACCAGCCUGAAGGACCCCUUCACCAUUUCUGUGUGGAUGAGACAUGGCCCUGGGGCCCAUGAGAAAGAGACCAUCCUCUGCAACUCUGACAAGACAGAGAUGAACAGACACCACUACUCGCUCUACGUCCACAACUGCAGGCUGAUCUUUCUCCUACGCCAGGACCCAUCUGAGGCAGAGAACUACAAACCCGCAGAGUUUCACUGGAAGCUUGACCAGGUGUGUGACAAAGAGUGGCAUCACUACGUGCUAAAUGUGGAAUUCCCCACUGUUUCUCUAUUUGUGGAUGGGACCACCUUUGAGCCCUUCCUGGUUACGGAGGACUACCCGAUGCACGCCUCCAAGAUCGAAACUCAGCUCACCAUUGGUGCCUGCUGGCAAGAAAACUCAGGACAUGACAAUGACACUGAGACAGUCUCUGAGCACAGUUCAGGUGGAAAUGCUCGAAUGGCUCAGUUUUUCCGGGGUAACCUAGCAGGGCUGAUUAUCCGCUCUGGCAAGCUGGAGAACAAGAAGGUGAUCGACUGUUUGUACACCUGCAAAGAAGGACUGGGUGUGCAGCUGCCUGAGGAAGUAGCUUCAGCUGUCAAGGUGGAAUUCAACCCCAACCAGUCCUCUCUGACCGUGGAAGGCGACGACAUUGAUGCCUUUGACAAGGUCAUGCAGCACAUCUCCUACUUAAACUCCCGCCAGUUCCCAACCCCUGGCAUCAGACACCUGAGUAUCUCCACCACCGUCAAAUGCUUCCAUGAGGAGUCCUGUGUAACAGUGCCAGAUGCUGAAGGUUAUGUGAUGGUGCUGCAGCCAGAAAACCCAAUCAGCCUGAGCGGCAUUGACCACUUCGCCCGCAGUGCAGCUGAAUUUGAGAGCCAGGAAGGAGUGACUCUGUUCCCCGAGCUACGCAUUGUGAGCACCAUCACCCGAGAAGUGAGGGCCGAAACAGAGUCUGAAGCUGCAGAGGGAGCUGACGAUGACCCUACAGUCCAAGAGACGGUGGUGUCAGAGGAAAUCAUGCACAACCUGGACACGUGUGAAGUGACUGUGGUGGGUGACGAGCUGAACGGGGAGCACGAGAGCCUUGAAGUGGACAUGUCCCAGCUGCAGCAGCGCGGCUUGGAGAUGAGCUCCUCCAACAUGGGCCUCGUCAUCACAGGUGUGAACACCAUGGCCAACUAGGAGCAGGUCCUGCAACUUAUUCGGUUAUAAGAACUGGCACACGAGGCUCUCUUUGACAGGAAGUUUAAACUGGGUCUGCUCUGAACUCAUGGUCGCUACAUCAGCAAUGACUUUAAUGUCGAGUAUGGCUGAGCGUUUGUUAAUGUAAUCCACACAGCCAGUCCCGUGGAGCAUGCCAAACAUGCCAUGGUGCAGCCCAACUUCAUUAACCCCGUCCAUCAUGCCUCUGUGGAUCUGUCUGGUCACAACUUGGUCAACGCUCAUCAGGCCUCAGUGGUUCCCAGUGCUGCCACCAUCGUCAUUGUGGUGUGCGUCAGCUUCCUGGUGUUCAUGAUCAUCCUGGGCGUGUUCCGCAUCCGAGCUGCACAUCAGCGCACCAUGAGGGACCAGGAAAAUGGCAAGGAGAAUGAGAUGGACUGGGACGAUUCAGCUCUCACCAUCACUGUAAACCCCAUGGAGACAUACGAGGACCAGCACAGCAGCGAGGAGGAGGAGGAAGAGGAGGAGGAGAGCGAGGACGGAGAGGAAGAAGAUGACAUCACGACGCUGGAGUCAGAGAGCAGCGAAGACGAGGAGGGCGGGGAGCCCGAGGACCAGCAGGGGGCCAGCAGACAGCAGCAGCUGGAGUGGGACGACUCCACCCUCACCUACUAAAACACACAAUACUACUCAAUCACAACCUCUGACACACACAUCAGAAACUCACUCAUACACUCAGCUUAUCACACACAAACACACACGCACACACCCCUCCCUGCAGUUUCUUGUCUAGGAGCCAUGAUGUAAAAACUUAAAAGAAAAAAAAAAGGAAAUCAAAAAAUAGAGAAAAGGAGAAACAUAAAGUCCCUUCAGCGUAUAUAUGGUCAAGGUUUUCCUGUUGUUAUCUUAGUGGUGGUACUCUGUGUAGUGUAGUUAUCACCGGGAUUGCUGAUUUUUGGUUUUGUUUUUUUUUUUAUUAUUUAUUAUUUUCGUUCCCAGGAAAACCUGGCUUACAUUUGAACUGUGUGAGGAAGCCAAACCCUGCACUCUUUGUUUUCUCUCACACUCUUUCAAGAGGAGAAUAAUCGAUUUCCUGAUGUAUAUUCUUUGCUAAUGCUUUCAGAUUGUUCACUAACGACUAGCUCCCACUUGGGUUUUCUUGACUUGUAGUUCAGUGAAUCAAAAAUGAUGCUUUUAACAAAUAGACUGCAUUUUCUUUUUUCUUUUCUUUUUUUUUUUCGCCUUUUCUUUUAGUGCAUGAAGACAUUUGGGGAAGUCAUGUGUAGAGAAAUAAAUUGCUUUUUAAAGAUUUUUGUAAAUAUGAAACCAUGUAAUUAGUCAAUGUGUUAGUGAAGACCUAUCAAUGGGGUCCAAUAUCUAAAAAUGAUGUAAUGUAGAGUAUUUGUGUCACGCAGGCUGUCGCAGCAUGCCGCCAAAUUUCUGCAAAAGCUGUUCCAUCAUGCUUGUACAAACUGUCUGCUUCACGAUGAGAAACCCAGGACUGUUUAAGCAGAGGUUUCCAUGACAAAGUGGUGUCCAUUUUGUCGCUUCUUUUUAAAAAUUUCUUUUGCUUUCUCGUAGGCGGAGGGGCUAGUUGAUGGUUUUGGCUUCAUACCCGCUUUCGCUUUGCUUGCACACGUGGCAACACUCGGCUCCCGGCUUUAGUGUUAUUUCAUCCCCGGCGGAUCUCGAUGUAUAGAGGGAAUUUUGUUUGAGAAACAAGAAGUGUCACGUGGAAUCGCAAAGAUCGGGUCAGCGGUGACAUUCAGCUUGAACAUAAGGGUACUAAAAUUUCUGCCGGUGUAUUUUGGACAAGCAGAAAGAUUUCCUCAGCAGCUUUAAAACCUUUGGUUCCUACCCCCUGGUCCCGUUGUGCUGACAAAAGCUUCAAGGAGAAAAAAACCCUUUCAAGCUACUGAAAGAAAAUGUUUGAGCUUUAGUGGAUCCUGGUCGGAUCGUUGAAUUGCUGGCAAUGUUUUCAGAACGAGACGUGAACGUUUUCAAGAUUGCUUUGUUGCAAGUUUCUUCUUUUUCGUGGCGCUGCUAUUUAACCUGAAAUAAGACAUAGCCUCUGUGAGGUUCAUUUUUAAACUGUUUGCCUAUCGCUGUGUAGUAGAAGUGCGAGGCUUACAGCAGGAAAACACUUUAAAAAUGAAUCUUCUUGUUUAAUCUUAAAAUGAUUUUUUUUUUUUUUUUUUUUUUUUUUGCAGCAGACCACUAGAUUUUAUUGUACAUGAAACUGUACUGUAGAGUUGUUCAAAGAUAUUUGUUUACAUUUGGUAAACUUAUUUUCCUUCUGGUGUUAGUAUAAAGCUUACACGGUCGAUUGGGAAAAUGUGUCCAACCUCGAUCUCCUCUCAGACACUGUUGUCCGUAACUGUUGUAUAUAAUCUUUGACCAGACCAGAUAAAAAACGUACCUUCACACUGAACGAAUUAGUCGUGCUUUUGGGUACCAAGUAAAAUGUAAACCUUUCCCAAACCUGCAGUUAUUAAGACCAGAUUUGGGGGCAUUAUCGGGAUUAGAAAAGGUUCGCAGUUCUCGUGUUUUGUGCGCAAAUCUAUUUUCAGAGGCCAAAAUUGAUUUAAAAACACAUUCAAGGCUUUUAUUUUGUAGAAAGAUUCCAGGCUAUUUUUGAGAGUUUGACUUCUAAUUUUUUUUUUUUUUUUUUUAAGUUCAGUGAAUACAUUUUAAUUUUAUAGGUGUGUAUUUGAAACGUAGUGAACAGUCUCCCUUCCAUGAUGACUUUGGCUUGUUUUAAAAAAACAAAUUUAAGGAAAAAAAAAAAAAAAAAAAAAAAAAAAGGGCGCCAGGUCUGAGCCGGCUGAGAUGGGAGUGCCUUUUGCCGAUCAUAGCGCAAUUAGCUGGUCUAACAAACACACUUAUUCAUGCUCUUUUUAUUUUGGCAGUUUUUUUUUUUUUUUUUAAAUUUUUUUAACACUAGAUUUUUUUUUUUUUUUUUUUGUAGCUGGGAAUAUGUUUUCUCUCAGUUUGUCGUAAUAAUAGUCCAACUAGUUUUCUUAAAGGUGAAAACAUUUUACAUAGAUGUCACGUGUCCUUGUUGAUGUGUAGAGGAAGUAGAUCCAUAUUGUAUCUUCUAUAGAUAUUGUACUAAAAUCAUAUUGACGGAAUCCACCUUUAAAAGUUGUACAGUACAUUAUGAUCUUGCUUUGGCAGCAUACGUGAGUAUACUGGCCUAUUUGUGUAUAGUGGAAGGUGAUUUUUGAACAGCGUCCUGUUGCUUGAGCUGUUGAGAAAUGAUUUUUUUUAUUUUUUUUUGAGGGCAGCAUGAAAUUCACACGAGUAUAUGCCUGUCGGUGCCCAAAUUCUCACGGUUUCAUUAUGUCAAACACUUCAUGUCCACAUUUCAGCUACAGUUGAAAAGUCCAGUACCACGGGUCACUGAUAAGCGCACACUGAAGUCUCCAAAGUGACUCCACCAUCUGUUUUCUGGGUAUAUGCUUUCUGGUGGGCCCCUGAGCUGUGUGUAAGUCUGGUUUAAAACAAACGAAAAAAAAAAAAGAAUGUCACUGCCUAACAAUCUGAAAUGCAGCCAUACUGUAACAAUACUAAGACUAAGUAAAGGGAGGGAGGGUGGGUGGGGAAAUUGACUUUGCAUGAACCACAAGUGUGUCUACGUUCCACAUGGGCUUAUGAGACUGGAGUGAGAAAGGAGGUGAUACACUACUGAUUCUCAGAUUGUCUGUUUCACACAUCCAUGAUACUCCAGAUAUAUAUAUAAAUAUAUUUUUUUUUUUGUUUCUUUCUUUUAAAAUCUGCUCAAAAUGGAUGGUGGCAGUGUUUUCAGCGGGUGGAUGCUUCCUUUGUGCUUGUUGGAGCUGCUCUCUUUUCUACCAAUUGAAAGGCAGAUGUAGUGAAGUUGAUGCUUGCUCAUAAACAAAAUAAAGGAUGAUGAAAUGGGGUAUAA